AUGUGUGCGCUAAUCCGAGCGGGAAGAUGCGUUUAUCUAGCAACACGUACACACGUGGUCAUCUUUGCUUGUCUCUCCCGGAUACAGUUAAUACGCAUAUAUCAGAAAGAGAUUGAUCGCAUGGUCGAAGAAACCGUCUCCAAUGUGAUGACCGAACUGCAGCGUCGUGCUCACCCGUACGUUCGUUCAGUGGAUGUCUGGCUUCAACCCAGUCCGCUUUCCAGUUCCACCGGAGGAAUCAAUGUGGACACAUCCGGUAUGCAUUGGUCCACAGCAGCANGCAGCAUCCGCCAUGCUAAUGAACCUUCGUGA